UCACAAAAUAGUAGUAAUUUAGUUAUGAGCCCUAAACCCAACAACGUCAUUUGACUCUACAAAAUAGUGCGUCUGCAGUCUGUGCAUCGAGUCUCUAGAAUCAAACUUGUGGGAACUUUCUGACUCAUCAUGACGACUCACGAGUUUUUUGUUGACAUGACAUGUGAGGGAUGCUCUGGUGCUGUAACUCGAGUCCUUAAAAAACUGGAUGUCAAAUUUGACAUUGAUCUUCCCAACAAGAAGGUUUUUAUUGAGUCAGACAAAGACACAGAUGUUCUUCAAGAAACACUGCAAAAGACUGGCAAAACAGUUACAUACAUCGGUCCAAAGUGAAAAAUUACAGCAAGAUCACAAAUGCUGCUUUGAAGAACAUGCAGUGGGACAGCCCAUUGGACAAAUCAACAUACAUCCGAUAGCAUACUUUUUUGGGACCAUCAAGAUUUUUUGAAGAAACACUAAUAGACUUUUUUCAAUCAUGGUUGUUUUCCUACCCUAUCCAAACACUUCUAGAGUCGGAAUGUGAUUGUAUAGACGCACACAUGUCAAAAUAAAGAUUCCUUUGAUUUCUUUA